AUGACUACCCAAUUACGCACUACUCGUUCAACUAGGUCAACAAAACCAUUGAAGGAACUUGGUCAAACCUCAUCAUCAUCUUCUUCAGGCUUCGAUAGGUCAUCAAUUACACCGCCAUUAAUAAAGGUCGCGUCAUCAAUAAAGUCAGCCUCUCCAACAAAGUCAAUACCUCCAGCUCAGCCAAUGCAACCACCAUGGCAAUCACUGAUACCAGUUUUACCACCUCAGCAACAGCAACAACCACCUCCACAAUCACCAAUUUCACCCCCACAACUAUCAUCAACCAAAACACAACCAUCAUCCAGUCACAAGCCACCACCAGUCAUCAAUUACAACCACGAACAACAACAAUUAACCCAAAUUGGCAACCAACUCUCAGUCAAGCUUCACCAACUAGCAACAAUUUACAAGACUAAAGCAACAAAAUACAAAGCCAUCACCACCUAUCAAUCAUUAGAACUGGAGAAACGGAAAAUCAUCACCACAACUUCAACCAUGCUUAAACUGGAAUCUAAUCAUGAUACAAUUCAACAAAUAAUUAGUGAUUCGAAUGCAUUGUUAUUUCCCAUGUCUUUAAAACAACAUUAUUUGAAAUUACAUAUUGCUCAAAUUGUUAAUCAAGAAAAAGAACUUGAAGUGAUUAGAGCAAGUCUCGUAAAGUUGCAUCAACAGUUUGUAAGUGUUGAAUCAUUACUUAAUAAUAGUACUUUUGAGAAGUAG